UAAUAUUCACAGGGUAGCAUAAGAGCUGGCAGUUGGUAUGCUCUCUAAAGAAGUAAAACACAUGCUUCAGAGAGUUCCUUAAGAGAACAGCCUAUUUCCUCAGUGACAGAUUUGUUUGUGGCAACCAUAGACAAUAGUAUGCUUAAAUUCCUGUACUAUAAGUAGCCUUCACCUAAUAGAUUGAAUGUCACACUGAUUCAAAUGGCAUCCUUCACUAUUGCUAUCACUUCAUGAUAUCAAAGUUUUGUUAAACUUAAGUAACUGCAGCUUUCUGCGAGGAAAUUUUGCAAUAGCAAAGCCACAGAAAACUUCAUAGAAAACUCCAAAUGCAGUACAGUACUUCGAGCUUAUGAUCAUGUCUACUGAAAGAAACAGAAAGAAGGCAGAAGACAACAUUAUAUAAGGAUUCAUUUGAAAACUCCCCAGAUCGCCAAAGGGUCUGCCAGUAGAUGAUCAUACUACUAACUGCUUACUUCAGAUGUAACCAAUACACUGUCCUUUCCUAUCAAGAAUCCAAGGUUAUCACAGUGUCUACAUACUCGAUGAUGGAGCCUUUCAGAGGACACUUGAGUCUCAAAAGUAGCCUUUUUUCUCCUGGAUCUUCCUGCAAGCUCUCCAAUCAGUACAUCAUUCAAGAUCACAUGGCUGCUCAUUACAAGAAACUGAUGGAUGCCAAAGCUGCUGUUGAUUCAUCUGCACCAAAGAGUUUGCAUUCCAGUGUUAAAUACAACGAUCAGCAGAAAAGAGAAAAACUGAUGCAAACCUUUGAGAAAUACAAGAAAGAUCUCAUUCAUGGUCUUCAUGCCACAUCAUUCAGCUCCAGAAUUGUCUCUCUAGGCCAGCAGAAGAUGAGGUGUUCACUGCUGGAAAAUGGUCACCUACAUUUGACACCUGCGCAGAACAGCUAUUCCAGGACAGAGAGAGUGCAGCCUCCCUCUGUAUCUUUUCAGAUGCUCAGUUCAAGAACUCAGUUGCCAGCCUCUUCUGCAAGGAAGACUGCUCAGCAUAGUUUAUGCCAGAAUCAUGUUCCUGCCUUUGGUAAAGACAGGUCAUCUGCUUUGCAGCUCCAACAGUCUCAUUUGCAUUUAAACAAUCACAACAGGAAGAAGGCAUUUCAAAACUCCUCUAACAAAACAUACUCUGGGGACCUCCUUGACAAACACUCCAUUUGCUUCACAGGAAAAAAACGUUUUACCCCACAAAUCUUAAAGACAUCACAGCAAUCUUUUCUCUUGAAGCACAGGUGCUAUAAUCCUCCUCCCCCAAAAAAGAGCUCGUCUCCUGGCAGACUGUCACUUAAAUCAGCUGAUGGCAAUAAUGAAAACAAAACGGAGUUACACAGUUUUUUAGAAGAUGCACAUAUGAGGCCGCACUCAGAUGACUUCUCUACGUGGACAGCUGAGAACUGUGAAUUAUGGAUUCCUAAUUCUGAAAUGCCACUUUUUCUGGGACCACAAGAAAAAGAAGAAGAGUGUCUUCUUUUUCUUCAGGAUCUCACAAAUGACAUUUUGAGUGGAAGUUGUUACCAGGAAGAGGUGUUAGAAGAUGUAUUUGAAAUGCAUAUUAAAAGUAAGAGGCAUAACCUUGAUGAGGUAAUGCGGAGAAGAAUAGUUCAAAGCCUAAAGAAAGAACUGAAUGCAACUCAGCCAGAUCCUUCCAGCAGCAGUAACAGCACACAGCAAAAGGACACCAGCAUUCUGGCAAAAUACUUUUAGCCUACAACUUAUGACAUUCCAAAAA